AUGGCCGCGUCGUCUGAAAAGUCCACGCAGGAAUCUAAACCUGCCGAUCCGCCAGCAGUGUCCAGUAAUGCGUCAGCCAGGCUUGAAAAAACCCAUCCUGGAGUCCGUCGUUCGACGCCCGAUUCGGAAGCUUUGGCAUCUUCAGAUGACGACGUAGAACACUCGCAUCUGCCGUCAACAUCUGUACCUGUUUCUGCACCCAAACCUACUCGCCGUACUUCAUGGCUGAACGAGAUUCCCCUCAAUAUGCCCCGAAAGGUGUCUCUGACUACUGGUUCGUUGAUCUCAGGCACCGGUGCAUCUAACCCGACCAGCCCCGCAACCGAUCACACCGGAUGGCCUUCGGGGUCAAGCCCUGGAUUGGGCAGCCCAAUGAACUGGAACCACGUCGGAAACAACUCGUUCACAUGGGGCACAGGCAUUUGGAAUUCCGAAUCCAGAAAAGAGCCGCCACCCCGACUCUCAGAGAUUGUCCCGUCGCCUACGAUGUCUAAUGCGUCUGCUGCUAACAACUAUUUUGCGGAUGAGUUGCUGAGUCCCACUGCCCGCACUACAUCUGGAGAGUCGGCGAUCCCGUUCUCUAUCCCGCUUCACCCCACGCCCAAGACCUAUCGCUCGCAGUCAUACUCCGUGGGACAGAUGGAUCCAGAAUACUUGAACACGAUGGCCAAUAAGUCGGCGGCGCCGUAUCCAGGUGGGCGGGCUCGGAAUGCUGGACAGUACUCCGCGCUGCAACACCGAUCGUCUCGGCCAAGCCUCCUUGGAGAACUUGGUCAUGACCCUGCCACUCUCGGUCGUGUUCGUGAAGAUGAUGACGAUGGCGGUAGCGGUAACAGUUCCGACGGUAGUCUCAACGCCUAUUCGGCGAAUCAGGCGCGCACAAUUGAGCAACUCUCGCGGGAGAAUGCAAUUCUGCGCCAGGCUGCAGGUCAACUGGAUAACAGACUUAGAGAUCGCGCCAUGUCUUCUGCGUCCACUGCCAGUGGAUAUGCAGUUGGUAGCAACUUGCGCAACCUCCAUCGGAUUCGUGGAACCGUCCGGAGGAGACGGACCUUGCUGUGGAGGAUCUCGACGAACAACAUUCACAGCAGUCUGCGUAGAAGGUUUUCCGAGCAUUCGGGGAACCUCGAGAAGCAGCUGCCUUCCACUCUCACCCCGCUUGAGAACCGUGCGCUGGAAAAUAUUCGUAAGGCCAAUUGGCAGACUUCCCUUGGAUUUGGCAGCCUCGCCGAUAUUCCUCAGAGCAGGCGACACUCUUUCGCAGACAUUCCCAUUCGGCACGCUUCUAUUUCUGGCGACUCUCAAGCAGCGGCCACCUCCCGGGCUGGAUUGGGAGAUCGGGAAGACCGUCUUGUCAAUAUCAGUGAUGGUUCCCUUUCAAAUGCCCAGAGCCAGAAUCGUGAGUAUCACCGUUUGCAUGUGGCUUCUCGUCCCGAGGAACAUGAAAUGGAAAUGGAAUAUUUACGAGCUCGUCAAUUUGCAGAAUCCUACUUUGCUCGCGACCAAGCUCUUCGUGCUGCCGAAGGACCCUCUGCAGUUCCUACUUCGCUUCACCAGGCUUAUACGAUGCCGAACGCUUACGGCCGCCACCAGUCUGGUCUUGCACAUGGCCAUCAGAAUCAGCUUCUGUAUAUCGUGACUUUCAAGUGCCACCGUGCCGACGUUUUCUACAUUCAAGAAGACACUGGCUUGCAGGUGAAACCCGGUGACUUGGUUAUUGUUGAAGCGGAUCGUGGCACGGAUUUAGGCACUAUCCAGCAUGCGAAUGUAUCCUUGCAGAGAGCCCGGGAGCUGAAACAGCAGUAUGCAGAGGAACACUACAAAUGGCUGAUGAUGUUCUCUCGGCAAGGCCAGAACGGAACCGCGAACGUGACUGGGAGUGUUCCAGCCCUGAGCGGAAGAAGCACUAUCGGCGGCAUGGGUCCUCAUGGUCCGCAUGGUGUGCAGGAUUUAGCAGGAGAUAUCAAGCCUAAGCUCAUCAAGAGACUUGCGCAGAACCACGAGAUCCUGACGCUCCGCGACAAAGAGGGCAACGAGGCGAAAGCAAAGCGGGUCUGCCAGCAGAAAGUCGCCGAGCACAGACUCAACAUGGAGAUUCUUGAUGCCGAAUUUCAAAUGGAUUGGAAGAAACUCACUUUCUACUACUUUGCGGAUUCGUACAUCAACUUCAACUCUCUUGUGACUGAUCUUUUCAAGAUCUACAAGACCAGGAUCUGGAUGUCGGCAAUUAACCCAGCAUCCUUUGUGACUCCGCCAACUGCUGGUUUACCACCUCCGGGAGGUGUUGGAAAUGGCGACGGCCGAGUGUACGGCGCAGCUCGAGACGGCAUGGAUGUUGGCAGAGACACGGUGGGCAAUAAGGUCGGGCCCUUGCGCAGCACCUACACAGAUCCUUAUCAGCCUUUCCCUCAUGGUGCCCGACAGCCUGAUUCCGGCCUUGGUGAACUCGCACCCAGUGCCGAUCCCUUCUCUGCAUACCCGCCAAACGCUUAUGGUGGGACCUUGGACACUGGCUAUAUCGACUAUGCCGCGCAUAGCCCUGGCGUGGGCGGUGGUCCGUCUCGAGUUCAUAAUGCGCCAAAUGACUGGACCACCCGGUUCCAGGGCCUGUCACUUGGAUCUUGA